AUGGAAUUAAUACAGUUGGUUUUGGCAAUUUUCAUCUCAAAAGACAUCGAAUUUUAUGAUCCUGUGACAAAUGAGAAAGCACAAGUGAAUGCUACGAACCUGGCUGAUGAGCUGGGACAAAUAGAAUUCCUCUUCAGCGACAAAACUGGAACACUAACUCAAAACAAAAUGGUGUUCAAAUGCUAUGGCCUCGUCAACGAAGACAGUGUUUAUGACUUGGAGGAAGACGGCUUGUACAUGGUGAGAAAUGCCAAAAAACUGUCGACAGUGUCUGAAGUAAAGCAAUCGGAAUCGCCAACCUCACCUUCAAAAAAAGCUGCUGACUAUUUCUCGUCGUCCUCUGAGGAAGAAAACACAGAAGAUGUGUUGAACAUGAAAGGCAGCGACUCCAGUUUCAAGUACAAAGUCACCGAUCUCUCCAAUGAAGCCGAGCGAUUUUGGACUAAUGUGGCGCUCUGCCAUACAAUAGAGGCGAAAGUUUCUACUGAUGCGAUAUCUGGAAAAGAAGUGAUUAAGUACAAUGCAGCAUCACCAGACGAAAUGGCAUUAGUAGAUGCCGCCACACGUGUUGGGUUCACUUAUAUUGGUAUUGACGACACAGUGGUAAAAGGCGACGAAGAAUUCAAUAUUCAUAUGAUACGCUUUGACCAGAAUGCCUUAAACGCUCGGAAAAAAGGUAGGAAAUUGAAGACUCGACGCUACCGGGUCGACGCUGUCCUCGAGUUUAACUCCGUUCGCAAGAGAAUGUCGGUGAUGGCUAGGGAGGAAGAUGGCAGGUGCUUUGUCUACACCAAGGGCGCUGAAGUUUCAAUGCUGGACCCAAGAAGAUGCGAAAAAACGUCGUCGAAUGCGAAGGACGACAUCAUGAAGAAAGUGACAGAUUUCGCGCUGUCGGGUUUGCGGACACUGGUUUUCGGAUAUCGUGAGCUUGAUGUUGACACUUACAACGCGCUACUCAGACGAUUCCGAGCCGCCCAGUGUUUGAUAGGCCCAGAAAGAGUCCGUCGCGUUGAAGAGGCGAGUGCGGAAAUU